CUACAGUGCGCUCGCAGUCUGUCGCGAAGCCAGAGGGUUUGCUUGAACGUUCCAAAAAGUGGAUGUUUAGGAGACUUCUACAGAACGGCGUGGAGUCAACGUCCUGUCGCUUCACUGCGCCGACACUUUACUGUAGAUAUGGAAGGAGAUGCAUAACUGUAUAUUAAGACGUAAACCGUAUUAUAAUAAGAUACCAUCUGACUGCGGUGUCCGUGGGAAUUACUUCGUAAUUGGGGGAUCAUCAUAUUCAUUCGGGUUUAUUUUGCUUUGGAAUUCCUGAUCUGUUCUUGCUCUUGACAUGAUAUCCACGGCAGAUUGUUUUUUUUAACCAUGUCUUUUAUAAUUAAUUUGGCAAUCUGCUAAACUUUGGGGAGAGCAUACAAUAUUCUAUGUCGAUCACUUUGGAUACUGCGAGCUAUGUUGCCAAGAUGUUACAAGAGAUCAAUGUUUCGUCCUUUUUUCUGGAAACAAUCUUAACGCUCUUUAUGCAAACAAAUGUAAAAGUACAAUGAUACAUUCAUACUGAAACCAAGGGAUUACACACAGAAGGACGGUGGAGAAUGGCUUCGAAGGAGAGGUUGAAUGAGCGGUGGAUUUUAUAUUACACCAAGAAAGAUGAGGGCUGCCUGCAGCAGUGGCUGGAGGCUUUUGUGGUUUCCUUUCAGAAGCUUGUUGAUGAGCAGUCACUGGAGACUCACAGGCUGGAGAACUAUAUUGCGGAGGUUCCCCUCGUACCCAGGGACAUACUGGUGUUCCUCAGUGACCAGCUAUCACACAGUGCCAUUCACCUCUCUGGGGGCGACAUUAACAUCAGCACCCUGCUCCUCUCUGGGGGCGACAGUAACAACAGCACCCUGCUCCUCUCUGGGGGCGACAGUAACAACAGCACCCUGCUCCUCUCUGGGGGCGACAGUAACAACAGCACCCUGCUCCUCUCUGGGGGCAACAGUAACAACAGCACCCUGCUCCUCUCUGGGGGCGACAGUAACAACAGCACCCUGCUCCUCUCUGGGGGCGACAGUAACAACAGCACCCUGCUCCUCUCUGGGGGCGACAGUAACAACAGCACCCUGCUCCUCUCUGGGGGCAACAGUAACAACAGCACCCUGCUCCUCUCUGGGGGAGACAGUAACAACAGCACCCUGCACCUCUCUGGGGGCGACAGUAACAACAGCACCCUGCACCCCCUGCUGCUUAUUAAGUUCUUCAUUAUCGUCUGCAGGAAUAUGGAAAACAUUGACCCAGAGAAGACCCCAGGCUUUGUCUUCGAGACCAUUAAACUGUUAAACUUCUGCUUGACUCAGCUGAAGAAGCAGCCUGCGGAUCAGUCCUCCCUCCAGACAGUGAUUCAGUUUGGCCUAAUGCUGUUGGAGAGUCUCUUUGACCCUUAUAAUACAUGGAGGAGACGCCUGACAGGGGAGGAGGUUAGCAUGGUGGAGAGGAGCAAGUAUAAGUUCUCCCCUCUCCCCUUACCAGAGGAGCUGCCUGCUCUAUUCCAUGACAGUCUGCAGGACAGCCAGCAGAUCCCAGAGGACCUCGCUCUCCGAUUGGUCCAUCUCCAAGGGGCUGUCAUCAGUGGCAGCAAGAAGAACGGCCUGCUCUCCAUCACCCUGCAGUCUGUGGAGGACCUUCUUUCUGUACUCCGAGCCUGGUGCCUCCGGACCUCCUCCAACCCCAAGGACCCCAUGCUGCUACGGCUGACCCUGCAGUGCCUGACUGCAAUGGUGCAUACCCUCCACUCCAGUAGUCCUGCAGAGCGCCGGCUGGAGAUCAGGACCGUGUUGGAUGGCUACUUCCAGGUCCUGAACUGGAACCGGCCUCCAGGGUUAGGGAACGAGCAGGAGGACGGGCAGAACUGGGAGGAACACCUCAUCACUCUCCAGAGUCACAUGCUGACUUCGGUUCCUGAGAUCCUGCAGUGUUCAGACAGACCGGUGCUGCAGGCCAUCUUCCUCAACAACAACUGCUUCGAACACAUCCUCCGACUCAUCCAGAACAGCAAGCUCUAUCACAGUAAAAGGUGUAGGUCGGAGCGUGAGGGGGUGUGUGACCUCACCACACGUUUGCUCACGGACACAGAGGUGGAAGUAGACCAGGUUUUGGAGAAAGGUUCCGACUGCAUUACAGUCCAUGCCCUCGGAGUCCUCACAUCCAUCAUGAGUAACUCCCCUUCUGCCAAGGAGGUAUUCAAGGAGAGGAUUGGCUACUCCCAGCUGUUUGACGUGCUGAAGAGUCAGGGUCAGCCCACUAAACGUCUGCUGCAGGAACUCAUGAACAUGGCGGUGGAAGGGGAACACGCCCACACCCAUCACCUGGGUGUCAGUAACGACCAGCCCCUCCUCCUCCUCCUACAGUGGCUGCCUGACCUGGCCCAGAGGGACCUGCAGCUCCUGGUAGCCCAGUGGCUGGCUGCGGUCUGCGGGGGCUCCCUGGCCUGCCGUACGGUGGCUGUGGAGGCCGGCCUGGUGGGGGCUGUGCUCCAUGUCCUCUCCCAGCCACAGAGACUGGACCGCCAGUGUGCCGAUGGCCUCCUGGGGAUGUUACAGGACAUGGGGUCUCUCUGUCUGAGGCCUGCUGAGCUGAAGUCUCUGUUGAGGCUGCUCCGACCCCUCGACCAGGGGCAGGACGUGUUGGCAGGGAAGAGGACGGGGACACACCCUUACUGCGCCCGCAUCAUCCGGGUGCUGGCGGCGAUGGCGGCCAGGGAGGGGAGGAACAGCGCCCUGCAGUAUUUUGACCUGACCCAUCCCCUGGCAGGGAUCAUGGUGCCCACGGUCCAGCGCUGGCCAGGCAGUGGGUUUUCCUUCCACGCCUGGCUCUGUCUCAACAUGGACUUCCCACAAUACCACUCAGAGUUCUCCACGCCCGGCACCCGCCCGUCUGCUGGGGCACCAGGGGCGGCGACACGGGGUAUGGGCAAAGGCCCCCGCAGGAAACAGCUGUACAGCCUGUUGACAGCCAGUGGUACGGGUUUAGAGGCUUUCUUCACCAUGGAGGGAGUGUUGGUGGUGGCUGUCUGCACUAAGAAAGACUACAUGGUCGUGUCCCUGCCAGAACACCCUCUGACAGACUGCUGCUGGCACUCUGUAGAUAUAGUCCAUAUUCCCGGUCGCCGUCCCUUCGGUCAGAAUCUGGUCACCAUCUACAUCGAUGGAGAACAGCGCAAGACAGCCCAGCUCCGAUUCCCCUCGCUCAAUGAGCCUUUCACCUCCUGUUGUAUUGGCUCAGCAGGCCACCGUACCACCACCACCACCUCCCCCACCCUGCCUCCCCCCUCCCUCCACCCAGCAGAGAUGGGUUUCCCUGCCCACGCUCCCCCCAUCACCCGCUCCCAGUCCUUCCCAGCCUCCUUUGCGGCAGGCCGCUGGGGGCCUGGGCCCCUGCGUGACGCUCCCGUCCACACCAUCCCCGCCGGGCUGCAGGACACGGAGUGGGGCACGCCCACCUCACUGGACGGGCUCCUGGGGACCGCCUUCAUCUGUCAUGAGGCCCUGCAGCCAGUGCACACCAAGGCCCUAUACACUGCUGGCCCCAACCAUGUGUCCCUGUUCAAGGCAGAUGGAGAGCUGUCGGACCUCAACAGUAAACUGCUUCUCUACUACACUCCUCAGGCCUUCAAGAGUCAGAUCUGUGUGGACCUGUCUCCUAACCACCAGUAUGAUGGCAGACUGACAGGCCACAGGGUGGUGAACUGGGACAUCAAGGAUGUGUUGAACACAGUGGGGGGCAUGGGGGUUCUACUGCCCCUCCUGGAACAGGUGUGUGAGCCAGAGCAGGCGGAGGGAGGAGGCCAGGAGACGUCAGACCUGCUUGGACCAGAACUAACCGGUAGCUCCUCCCGGGGGCCUGUCGGCAUGCUGCUGCCACUGGGCAAGUCCUCCGAUGGUCGGCUGGAGAGGAACAGUGUAGCAGCCUUCCUGCUGAUGGUGAAGAAUCUGAUUCGUCAUCACCCUGUCAACCAGGAGAGCCUACUGAACUGCCACGGACCCAGCAUUAUAGGAGCCAUGCUCACUAAGGUCCCAGGUAGUAUGAUGGAUAUGUCUGUUCUGAUGGCAUGUCAGUUCCUGUUGGAGCAGGUAUCCAGUGAGGAGAACAGUCCGUUGCUCCUGCAGCUCUACCAACACCUGCUAUUUGACUUCCGCAUCUGGAGCAGCAGCCACUUCGCUGUGUGUUUGGGUCAUGUCCAGUACCUGUCGUCUGUGAUCAAGGAUGGGAAGCAGCGCAUGAGGAAGAAGUAUGGAGUGCAGUACAUCCUGGAUACCAUACGGACACACUACAGUGUGGAGAAAGAUGGCAGUCCUCUGUCUGAUGAAAAGCAGACUGUUCAGAUCUCUCUGUUCUCUCUGCUGAGAGACUUCCUCCUCAAGUGUCCUACUGCUGAAGAGCUCCACAGCAUCUUGGCCUACACACUGGCUAUAGGAGAAGAGCAGCAGGUGGUGAGUGCGUUAGAUGUGGUUUACAGUCUGUUGAGGAGCAGCCCUCCCAGAGAGCAGGUCCAGGCUGUACUGUUGGAGUGGGGAGUAGAACAGCUCUACUGUCUGCUGCUCAAACCCAGCUUUGGAGAUGAGGUCAGGGAGAGAGUCUUCAGGGUUCUGUACAAGAUCCUGAAGAGUGAACGAGUGUCUGAGCGCGCCAAGCAACGUGUCAAGUUGAAGGAUUUUGGAUACCUGGGUCUUGUUUGUUUUCUAGGAGACGUCCCCGUAACCAUGACCACCGUGCGCUGUCUUUACGAGCAGGUCCUCGCUACAGAUGCCACUCCUAACUUCAGAGACCUGCUGGCUGUGGUCCAUCUGUCCCAUCGUGCUGAGCUCACUGUCCGUCUGGACAUCUGUCGCAAGCUCUUCUACCUGAUCUAUGACAAUGAGGACUAUGUUCGUCAGCUGGCCCGUCAGCCAGGCUGGCAGGAUGUGUUAACUAAGCUCUAUAUGAAGGAGUCCUAUGAGUCUCGCGGUCCCUCCCUGGCAGGCUCCAGCACCCACAGCUCCCUGGACCCCUCCUCCUCCCGCCCCCCUCUCAGGAGAGAUCACAGCAUGGUCAUAGAGGACUCUCAGUACGCUCACACAGACGUCUUCCUCCCUUACACCUCGCCGGACGAUGAAGAGGAGGAGGAGGGAGACGGCGAGGGCCUGGGAGCGAGGAAUAUCUCCGAGCGUUUCUCCGACCUCUCUCGGUCUUCCCCUAACAGCAGUGGAGGCACGUUGAAGGACUUUGACGACUCUCUCCAAUUGAAGUGGUUUGACUCGGUAGAGCAGGGGAGCCGCUCGUCAUCCCUGUCCAACACCGUGGACGUCCCCUCCGGUCGGCCCCAAGAGGAGGCUCUCUACCACCCUCUGUCCCCCUUCGGCACCUCACCCUUUGAGCUGGAGCUGGGGGGUAUGAGGGGUGAGAAGGGAACAUGGAACCACAACCCUGUGGGGGGUAGUCAGGCAGGCACCCCCUCCCCCCUGGAGCACAGCCGGUCGUUCCCCUCUCUGAGACCCAGGAAGAGCUCCAGUCUGUCCAACGUGCUGGACGACACCAACUAUGGAACUGACCCCCGGGCAGCUGACACCAUCUCCAACACCUCCAACCCACAGCAGAUGCCAGAGGAGGAGCUGUGUAACCUGCUGACUAACAUCGUGUUCUCUGUGCUGUGGUGUGGCAGCGGGUCGGAGGGGGGGGAGGACGCCGUGUGGAGGGAGAGGGGACAGGUCUUCUCUGUCCUCACCAAGCUGGGCUCCUCCUGCCAACUGGUCCGCCCGCCUGACGAUAUCAAAUGCAGUCUGUUAGAGAUGAUGCUGGAGUCUUCUCUGUCAGACCUGAGGGACUCUCAGGGUGUCUCUCUACCAUACUUCCCCAGUCUGCUGCGUCUCCUCAGGCUGCUCCAGGACUUCCUCUUCUCAGAGGGAACAGACAACCAGGCCCUGUGGAGCGAGAAGAUCUUUGAGGGGGUGGUGAACCUCCUGGACAGACUACAGGCGUGGCACAGCACCCCUGGUACCCCCGGGGCUCUGGAGCUCAGAGAGAUGGCUCAGAUCGGCCUGCGCAUCAUCACCGGCUACAUCCAGCAACGGGACUCACAGGUGUCUGUAAUGGCCUGCGUUAAACUCCACAGCCUCCUGCAGACAGUCCUGUCUCUGGGCUGGGAUGAGGUGUGCUUCCUGCUGGGGCGACUAGGUGCCCCCCUGUGGCCCGGCGGGGUAAUGGAGUCGGGCCCCAACGGAGGACACACGGAGACCUUUUCUCAGCUGGUGCCCAUCGUGCGUACCCUCCUGGACCAACACGCUGACCCCGUGACCCUGCACGGCCUGCUGCCCAGCCUGCCAGUCACCAACGGCAGCCCCACCUUCGCCCAGGACCUCCAGAGCUACAGUCACACAGUAGAGUGGCUGGACUUCUACCAACGCCACGUGCAGCCCACCAUGGAGCAGUAUGAACUGGAUCAGUUUGGGAAGAGUCAUGACCUCAUGUCUAACUUCUGGAACUCGUGCUUUGAUGACCUGAUGAGCACUGCCAUACGGCGGGACAAAGAGAAGACCUACAGCAAAGACAAGUUCCAGGAGGUGAUAGUGGACCCGUACCUGAGGCGGGUCCGUAGUGAAAACAGCCGUUACCACAGUGGCCAGAAACAGAGCUCCGGCCAGCAGGGAGUAGUGUGGCGCCACUGGGAGUCCCUCCACAGGCUGCUCACCAGCGAGAGAGGGGCCUGGGCACACAGAGUCCCACUAGAGGUGAAAUGGAAGUUGUCCAGCGCGGAGACGUACUCUAAGAUGCGUCUGAAACUAGUGCCUAACUACCAGUACGACACUCACCAGGAAGCCAGCGCCUUCAGAGACAAUAUGGGAGCUGAUAGUCCUCGCAGUUCAGAACCCCUCCCAUUGGCUGUUGCCAAGGAGGCCAAAGUGAGUGACAUGGAGGAUGACCAGUUAGGAGAAGAGGACAUUGUCUUUCUGGACAAUAAGGUGGAGGGGGAGGACGACAGUCAGAAAGAGAAGCUAGUUCUGUCGGAGGACUGUGAGCUCAUCACCAUCGUGGCGGUGGUUCCGGGUCGGCUGGAGGUCACCACACAUCACCUGUACUUCUACGACGCCAGCAGCGAGAAGGAGGAGACGGAAGAGGGAAUCGGUUUUGAUUUCAAGCGGCCCCUGUCUCAGCUGAGAGAGGUGCACCUGAGACGCUACAACCUGCGUCGCUCUGCUGUGGAGCUGUUCUUCAUCGACCAGUCACACUACUUCAUCAACUUCAAGAAGAAGGUGAGGAACAUGGUGUACUCUAGGAUCCUGGGGCUGCGGCCCCCCAACCUCUUCUAUUUCGGCUCCCGCUCUCCUCAGGAGCUCCUCAAGGCUUCUGGACUCACACAGAGAUGGGUAUGCAGAGAGAUUUCCAACUUUGAAUAUCUGAUGCAACUGAACACCAUCUCUGGACGUACCUACAACGACCUGUCUCAGUACCCUGUGUUCCCAUGGGUGCUGAGUGACUACACCUCUCCAGAUCUGGACCUGGAGAACCCAGCCGUGUUCAGAGACCUGUCCAAACCCAUGGGAGUAGUCAACCCCCGCCACGCACAGAACGUCAGGGAGAAGUAUGAGAGCUUUGAGGACUCAACGGGCACCAUAGAUAAGUUCCACUAUGGAACACACUACUCUAACGCUGCAGGAGUCAUGCACUACAUGAUCCGUAUGGAGCCCUUCACUACACUCCACAUCCAGCUGCAGAGUGGCAGGUACAGUGACCCUUCACUACCCUCCUCAUCCAGCUGUAGGUACAGUACCCCUUCACUACCCUCCUCAUCCAGCUGUAGACUGGAGGAACUCAUAGGUCAGAUGUUGGAUGUGGAGCCUGGCUCUGGAGACUGGAGGAACUCCAUAGGUCAGCUGUUGGAUGUGGAGCCUGGCUCUGGAGACUGGAGGAACUCAUAG